AGCUCACUCGCAGUCAAAAACAAUGAGGGCGCACGACGCGCAACUCUCUCCAGGCGUCUCCAGCAGCAGCAGCCCCCCCCUCGGAGGACCCGGAGCAUGCAGCUGUGCGCCAACCGGAGGGAGAAGGACCAGCGGAAUAUAACUUGACAACCUGCGGAGUUUGUUAUCUUUUUUUCCUGGGAGUAAUCAUGCCUUUUUGCAAGCGGACGAUACUUCCCAAGGAUGUGUGCAAGACCGACGCGCGUCCCCGGCUGCAGGAGGAGGUUUUCGGGGACUUGGCGGACGUGUGCGGCUUCACCCUGUGCUCGGUGCUCCGGCAGCUCUCGGAUCUGUCCCGGCACUCGGUGGGCAUCCUGGAGGAGCUGGAGGGCGAGCUGGUGUCUGCGUGCCACCGGUCCGCGAGGCUGGAGGGCAGAGUGGUCCGGCUGCAGAGGCGCGUCACCGAGCUGCUCAGCAAACCUCCACCACAGAGAGCCACCAGCGGUCUAGAGGCGGAGAGCGGCAGGCGAGGCGGCAACAGCAGCCACGGCGACGGUAACCACAGCAGCAGCAGCGACGGCAACCGCAGCAUCAGCAGCAGCGGCGGCAGCGGAGCGGCCCACUUCAGGUCUCCAUGGCAACAGAGCGUGAACGUGUUCGGCUCGUGGAGCAGGCCGGAGUGUGUCGAGGAGCUGCACCAUCAGGCGCAGCUCAACCUCCAGAGCCUGCUGCAAGACUUUGAGGAGCAGUUGUACGACACCAAGCUGACCGGUCAGACGUUCCGACACCCGACCUCGCAGAGCUCCGACGACACGUCCACCUCGCUCAGCCGCUCGCCCGUCUCCCUGAACAACAAGAGGCCCGACUUCAUCUUCCUGCCGGCGUCCAAACAGCUGUACGACGAUGAGACCUCCUCCUCGGUGUUUGGACUGAGGUCCGUGACCGACCCGUCUCCCUCCCCGACACCGUCGCCCUGCAGCUCGGAUCGACCCCCGCCAGGGUGGAGCAGCAGCAACAACAGCAGCAGCAGCACCGCCACCACGGGACCGCCGGUCGCCGACAAACCACGCUGGCAGGCCGGGAGACGGACGCCGGGUCAGUUCAUAGCGCUCGACGUCACAGGUGAAGGGAGAGGAGGGAAAUUCCACGGUGUCGACCUCCUCCAGCACUCGCCCUCCCCAUCCCCCUCUCCAGGAGACCCCUACCCCCAGCAGCCCCGCUCCCUAGAGCCCGUCACGGACACCUUCCAGCAGCAGAACCUCCCCCUGAGGAAGACACACUCUGACCUCGAUACAACCUCACCUGCAGACAACACUUUGGAGCUUCGUGCCCCGGACCAACUUCACCCAGGAACUAUGGACCACUCUGGGCUGCUGUGCUCAAACACGCCCUCCGCUUCCUGGAACGGACCUAAAGGUUCCACUUUUUCCCCCGGAGCGUGGAACGAGCCUUACAAUUACACCAUGAACAAAGGCCCGGCCGUCCCGCCUAAACAGCACAGUAUCAUCGGAUCGUCGGUGGGAGGGUCGCAGGACGGGGUGAUGUUCGUGAGUUCAGGACAAUCAGGGGGCUCACAUUCCAGUUCAUUCUCGUCCGUGACGAACCCUUCAGGGAGAGGAGGGAACAACAUGCCGGGGAUUUCACUGGCGGCGGCGAUGAUGGGGAAGCGGAGAGAGACGGAAGGUGCAGCGGCGGAUGGAGGAAGGGGAGCAGGAGGAGGGGGAGCUGGGGAGGGAGCAAGAGGGCGGGAGAGGUCGGCACGUUCAAUAGCAGCGGCGAACGCCUUCAAGUUCAGGGAGCGUUCCCUUUCUACGCCCACAGAUUCAGAUUCUUUCUGCUUUUCAGAAGGUGGUUUUGGACAGCCGGACGGGAGCCUCAUGCCUACAGGGAAUGGGAAUGCUAUGGGAAUAACAGACCACCACCAACAACAGCAUCAUCACUUCCUGGGUUUGGGUGAGAACUAUGCACUCCGAUACCCAAGAGGGAGCUCCGAGGACAGCACCAGUACAACAGACACAAUCUCCGUCACGGCUUCAGACUACAGCGCCGAUGGUCGCUUGCGCCUACGCUCCCGCUCCAUCUCGCUUAAGAAAUCCAAGCGCAAGCCGCCACCCCCGGUGAGGAGCGUCUCUCUCAUGAAGAACCUUGGACAAGCCGAGGGGAGAAUCCACCAUGAAGGCGGACUUUACCGGGAUGGCCGGCCAAAGAGCUUGCACAUCCCCAGGGAUCACUUCCCAGACUUUCAGCCAGAUUUCCUUCUGCCCAGUUCGUGCUCUUCUAAACCCAAUGUUGUUGAGCGGGACCUGGGCCAUGGAGGUGCUGAUGGACCGCCUACCCUGGAGGUCCAGGCACCAGACAGGGAGGGAGACACAGAGCUGACCUUCCCCACUCAUUGGCAGCUGGGGGAGUGGAAGAAUGACCCUUACAGGUCCCUUUCAGGCUCCAGCACAGCAACAGGUACCACAGUGAUUGAAUGUAUGAAAGUCAGAGGCAGCUCAGAGUCCCUGCUGGAUUCUCCCUCCACCUCCAGAGCAACCUCGCCCUCACAACUCUCCAUGGAAACUGACAUCAAAGCAUCCUCGCCCUUCAAACCCCCAGGACUUAUGUCACCGUCAAGUGGAUAUUCCAGCCAGUCAGAGACUCCCACCUCGACUGUUCCACUCAGUCACAUGGCAGGUCACGGGUCAGUCGGCACAAUGGGGUGUAAGUUGCGUCCGAAGAUCCCGGAGAGGAAAUCAUCCCUACCGUCACCCAAGGACCCAUCUGCAAGGUCUAGAUUGUCCUUUGAGAUGCCUGGGAAUGCACAUCUAGAGCUGUCAUCAAUCAAGCCAAAGCAAAAGGCCAGCAGAAGACAUUCGGACACCUCAACUGCAGCAAAACCCGGAAAAAUCAGCCCCAGUUCCUCACAAGCCUUGCCUGUUGUUACCCAGAAUGAGCUAAAGACUAUUCGCCUGCGCUCUGUCUCUCGAGGUGACUUGGAGGACUGCCCUGAUGGGGCGUCCGACACCAUCGAGGAAGAACAGCAUGGCCGAGACUUAGGCGAGGACCCCAGCCCGCCACCGACCCUACCGAAACCUAAACCACCUGUCGCUGUCAAGCCCCCGUUGCCCAAGCGGCCCAUUAACCUCCUCUUUAAGUCUCCUUCCCCCUCCUCCACUUCCCCCCAAGCCCUCGAAUCACCUCCUGGCUCACCUGUGGAACGGCCUGUUCCCCUAGGCAACAUCUACAAAGUAAUGAGAAAACCCAAACCCAAAAGACCUUCACCACAAGCAACAAGUCCCUGUGUUCAGCCAGAUUAUACGACCUAUGAGCACCCAUUCCUGCCCCAGUCCCUCUAUGACCUCCCUCCUCUUCCUGAUCCCCAGCCUCUCCUGGAAGACCCGGCGAUGGAGCCCGAUUUUGAUUCUUACCCAGAAAUUCGUCCAGGUCCUGGGGAUGGAGGCUCACUCCCAUCCCCCUGCAGUAACGAGGAGGUCCCGGAGCUCCAGGACAAGAGCAAGACCCUCCCUUCAAGAAUGACAAUCUCCUGUCUGUCAGAGCUCUCAGACAAAAAGAAACCCAAGGUUCCACCUCCAGUCCCGAAGAAGCCAAAUGUCCUGCUUCUUCCCUCGACGGUCCACUCCUCCACCAACGGCAGCACAGACCGCCAGACCCCGCAGGCCGACAGCCCCGUGGGUCUUCGGUCUCCUGUAGGAACGUUCUCCCCUGAAGAGUUUCCCAGUUCUCCCAGUGUUCUCGACAUGCUAGAACAAGAUGAGAACCACUUAGGAACAGACGAGGAGAGUUCAAAGGAGUCAUCGCUUCAUUCGUCUCUGCAGGAUUCCUCCCUCACAGAGCUAGGAGGGAAAAUGGCCAGCACUGAGAUUGGAGCAGAUGACUUGGACGAGAAGACGGUACUCCACAUUGCAGAGGAAACAGACGAUGACAUGUUGCCCAGCACACCUGCAACACACACCACGGAGGACCUGUUCACUAUCAUUCACAGGUCCAAGCGGAAGGUUCUGGGUCGCAAAGAGCCGACGGACUCUUUCGGCAGCCGCCAGAGUCUUGUAUCCCCGGUGAAGCACAGCACCAGCGGGAGCGACCUCCGAAACCUGACCUUGGGCAGUCAGAGGUCCAGCUCCCGCAACGAGAACUUCAUGGCCCUGCUUCAGAAGAAAGGCAGCAAGUCUGCCAGCGGAGGAGCCAGAGUCUCUGCUAUGGAGCUUCUCAAAAGCACAAACCCUCUGGCGCGGCGGGUCACAGAGUUUACGUCUACCUCGCCGACAGCUGGCGAGGGAGGAGAGUCCGAGAACGGCAAACCCCACGAUCAGUGAACGGAAGAACAGUUGACUAUUGAGAAAGCGACCAACCAAUUCUACAAUGCGCCACCCACUGCAGAUGGGGCCUUCUGACUAACACGUCCAACCAGAUCGCUCCAACUACUGAUUGACCAUUUGCACUGUCCAAUCGAAUUGGAGCACAUUUUUGGACCAAACGUCCCCUACCAUGGUUGAAGCGCUACCGUUCCCCGUCUAACCGGUCCCUCUAGGGAAGGAAGCAAAUCUGUGGAGAGCAGAGUUUGUUCUCACUUUAUUUUCAAUGAAAGAUGGAGGUUUUAAAGUUAUGCUUCACAACUGCGUCAUCAUUUCUUCCUUUGGGGAUAUGCUCAGUACGGAGGCUGGAGCAGACGUCGGGAAUAUAAGGAUAUACAGUGGAUCUUUAUUCCUGGAUCCUUUUGUAUGAAGACAUCAAGGGUCCCAGAUGAAGACAGAGGCCAUUAAGGAAUCUUUAAGCAGUUAUAUUGAUCCUCAAAGGUACCGCAGAUAAUCAGUCAUCAAAUUAAUCCAUUAAAUAAUUGGAAUAAAAGUUACAAGACUUCCAAAUGAUUCGUCCAUGAUUCAACCCUCCUACCAGUAGCACUACAGCGGCGUGAAUUGAAAGGUAAAUAAUGAAUGGCGAUGAUGAGGCACCUGACGAUGCCCCAAAAUGUGGGCGUCAUUACUCUCCAUGGUAACUGCAAUACCAUAGGAGGCACGAUCAUUCUCAGAACGGCUGAACAUUCAGAUUUUGGCGGACGAAGCGCAGGAUUUACAAAGAAGAACCACACGGGGGCUUUUUGCCACCAAAGAUGACGCAUGAGCAUGUCACAGAUCCUUUUUUUUUUGGUUGGCUUGUGCUGUGAAUGUGAAUGUGGACCUUUUACAAAACAUUCCACAGAGGGACAUCUUGGGACGUAAGCACUUUUUUUUUUUUACUCGUUUCGACGGAGGACGAUUUCAUGGAAACUCAUCAAUCAUUAUUAUUUCCAGUCUUUGUUUUAUCUUAUACUUUUCCUUAACCAUGCUAGAUGGCCAUUUACUGUACAUGUUCCAUCGGAUUGUACUAUAUGUAUCAUGUACAAAGAUAAAUAAAUGUAUUGCAUCUACGAAAGGAUAUCAUUCGCGGACACAAAGACUAAAAAUAGUGUACAGAGCAGCAAGCAGCUUGGACUAUAAACUGCGCACACCAUGGAAGGAAGACCCAAACACACACACACACACACACACACACAGACACACACACACACAUAUGGACCAAGGACUAAUGCCAUGGAAGACAAAAAGAACACACGGGAACAUUGUGUGUGUGUGUGUGUGUGUGUGUGUGUGUGUGUGUGUGUGUGUGUGUUCACAGGAGUGUGUGCGCUGGUGAAAUCCAGCCUGUGGAGUUUCUGUACGGAGAGCAUGAAGCAGGCCUGGUUAUAAAACAGGGUUUUUAUUCAUUUUUGGUCUCUGGUGACGGGACCAAAGGACUGUUAAAAACUACAAAACAGACCAGAGGGGACGUAGCGGUGUGUGUAUGUGUGUGUGUGUGUUUUUGACGAAGUGUUCAUGUAUGUGUAAAGACGGGAAGUGCCAAGAACAAAACAGAGAAGCGAGAGCAAGAAAGAGAAGGCGUCAACGUCCAUUUGCCUGUUUGUGUUUGACAUUUUCAGACAAUGUGUGCAUAUCUGUGUGUGAAUGUGUGUAUCACCGUGUGUGUGUGUGUGUGUAUCGUCACCCUGCAGUCCUUUCUUGAGGUAGGAUUAGAAUGGUAGUGAUUCGGGCAUCAAGAGGGUUCAUAAACCAAUGGUUUACAGGAGCAAUGACUGGCAGAAAAUAGGGGAUUAUUGUCCCUUUGAAACCCUAGAGAUCGUCACUGCCCUCGCCAGAAGUGAAACGUCUUUCUGUUCGCACUGUCGCAAAGUUACGUUCUGGAGCUGUUUAUGUUUGUGUUACCCUCCUUUGCGGACAUUUUCCACACUCUGAUUUGUGGUCCAUAUUGCUUCGGAAGGUUCCUAUCGGAGUGACUGGGAUGCAUCUUAGUGGAAACCAUGAUAAGAGCAGGUUGAAUUCCUUAUAUCCCUAGGAAAGGUGCUUCAAUGCUUCCUUUCUUAUGUCCUCAAGGUGCAUUGGAUCAUCCUUAAGGAAAGAAAAAGGUGAUGAUGCAGAUCCUUUGCAUCAGCAAUAUGGCAAUUACAUUCGCUGUAGGGUUAGGGUUAUCGAAUCAAAGAGAAGAGGUUAGGAAAAGACGUUGGAUGAUAUAUCUUUUGACUGUUCGGUCACAGCCUCUGCCGCUUUGAGGUGAUGUGGCGGCCUGUGCCAUCCUCCUCUCCUCCUCCUCCUCCUCCUUUAAUCACUGCUGGAGCUCUCAGUCUAUCUGUCUCUCUGCGUCUAGCAUCAUCCCUCUCCCUCUCUCCCUCUCUCUCUCUCUCUCUCUCUCCGGUAUCCUCUCUUGUUUUGGCACAUACAGUAGCACACUCUCUCUCUUUCCUCGCCCAAAUACUGCAAGCUCUCUCUGCUUUUGCACAUGGCGCCGCCUUCCUCUUUUAACCUUCUCUCAAUCCCCCAUGUUUUACGUUAACCUUCGCCUGUCCCUCCUAUCCUCCUCUCUUCCUUUCCCUUCCUUCUCUCUGCAUUCAGUCUAUGCAUCUGCAGGCGACACGACACCGGAUGAAUGUCAAUGAAUGACUGUUAAGAAAAAUAAAGGCUGUGCUUUUGUUUGUGAGUUUCAAAAAAAACCCAACAACAUCUUUCUAUCAACGCUUAUCUUCUGCCUUCUCUCUCUCUCUUGCUCUAUGAGUUUUUUUAUACUUUUGAGUAUCCAUGGAACACACAUGGAUGAAUGAAUGGAUGUGCACAGAAACAGGCAGGGUUUGAAUGUGGUUUUUUUUUUUGCAUAAAGGACCUUUACUUUUGGACCGUGAACGAAACACCCUGUGGUAUUCGACCUCUGACCGCCCUUCAGUUCUGGAUCAGCGUGUGGACAGUCUGAGAAUGUUUGGAUUAGCAGCGGUUCAGCUCUUACACCUGACUUAUCCCCUGCAUGGACGGACCCUGUGGAGGGAGGAGGGGUCCUUUCAGCUCUGGACUCCCAGUCGACAAGCUAUCCCUCGGUGCUAUUGAGUCAGAGCCCCCUCUAGUGGGUUAAAAAAAGAAGGAACCACACACUGGAGAGUAAAGUAGAAACACCUUCACAUACAUCUCUCUUCCUAGUCCUUCAGGUAUUCCAUCAUCCUGAAAAAAAAGAUUUUAAAAAGUGCAUAAAUGAUCAUGAUGACUAGUCAAGUGAUGCUUGUUUUAAAUAUUUAGUGAAUGAAAAAAGAUAUAAAACUC